AUGACACAAAAGAAAGAAGUGGCCUUGAAAUCUACUAUUGAGUCAUUGGAAGAUGAUUCCAAUUAUAGUUUAUCAGAUGACAAAAUUAUAUUUUUUGCUAUGAGACUAAAGAGGCUCAUGAGGAACAAAGGAAAGAGCAAAUGUUCAAGCUCAAAGGAACACAAGAGAUACCUUAGCAAGAUCAUUUAUCAUCACUGCAAGAAGGCCGAUCACUUCAAGUAUGACUGUCCCAAGUUCAAGAAGGAAGACAAGAUAAGGAAGGACAAGAAAAAGGUUUUGACAGCUUCAUGUGAGGACUUGGAAAAUAAUUCAGAAGAAAAAGAAUCUGAGCAUGAAGAUCAUGUUUGUCUUAUGGUUGAUGAUAAUAAAGCAGAAAAGAUUUACCUUGCAUCCAAGAAAAAGAAGGACAUGUGGUACUUGGAUAGUGAAUGCUCAAGGCACAUGAUUGGAAAGACUACAUUCUUCAUCAAACUCAACAAGUACGAAGGAGGAUUCGUAACUUUCAGUGAUGAUGGAAAAGAAAAAAUCAAGCCGUAG